AUGUCACGAAAAAUAGAAAUAUCAACCAAUCAAACAUCAUACAUCCACCACACCCUCCUCUCCGGUCUUCGACUCACAAAUCGUCCGCAUGAUUCCAUUCGAGACAUCGAAAUUAACCUAUCAACCACAGAAUACGGAUAUGUAGAAAUAAAUUGGGGCUUAACCAAACUUGCCGUCCGUGUUAGUGCAAAAAUCGUCCAACCAUAUGAAGAUAGACCAUUUGAAGGAAUAUUCACCAUCAAUAAUGAAAUCAACCCCUUAAUAUCCGGUGGAGCAGGUGGUGGUUCUGCUAGUAGUUCUGCCAGAAAUGAUGAGAUUAUGGUGAAUCGUAUUAUCGAAAAAGCUAUCCGAAGAUCAAAUUCUCUUGAUUUAGAAAGUUUAUGUAUAAUUGCUGGAGAAAAAGUUUGGGAAAUUAUGGUUGAUUUGAAUUUUUUGAAUUAUGAUGGGAAUUUAAUUGAUGUUGGAUGUUUUGGAGUGAUGCUUGCUUUACAUCAUUUCAAAAAACCGGAUGUAUCGAUUAUGAAUGGGGGUGAGAGGGUGAUUGUCCAUUCUGUUGAUGAAAGAAUGCCGGUUUCUUUAUCGAUUUUACAUAUUCCGAUUUGUUUAACUUGGUCAUUUUAUAAUGUCCAUCAAGAUAAAGAACUGAAUAUUAAGGGGGGUGAUGAUGAUGAAGCAGGGGAGGUUUGUUUAUUGGAUGCUGAUUUAUUGGAAGAAUUGAAUAGAGAUGGUAGUCUUGUGAUUACUUUGAAUAAAAAUCGAGAAUUAAUUCAAUUAAGUAAAAAUGGUGGGAUUGCAAUUAAUGCUGAACAAUUAUUAGAACUUUCAUUUAAAUCAAUGAAAAUUGUUGAUGAAUUAUCAGAAUUAAUUAAAUCAAAGAUCAAGGAACAUGAGGAAUUAAGAUAUAAACUUGAGAAUUUUAAAUUACUUGAAGCAAGUGCUGAUAGAUAG